AUGCGGUUGUUGGGACAAAAUCCAACUGAGGCUGAGCUUCAAGACAUGAUCAAUGAAGUUGAUGCUGAUGGAAAUGGAACCAUUGACUUCCCCGAGUUCCUUAACUUGACGGCUGGGAAGAUGAAAGACACUAAUUCUGAGGAGGAGCUCAAGGAAGCUUUCAGAGUGUUUGACAAGGAUCAGAAUGGAUUCAUUUCUGCAGCUGAGCUACGCCAUGUCAUGACAAACCUAGGCGAGAAGCUUACAGAUGAAGAGGUUGACGAGAUGAUUCGUGAAGCUGACGUGGAUGGUGAUGGACAGAUCAACUAUGACGAGUUUGUCAAGGUCAUGAUGGCCAAGUGAGAACUGAUCAACUCAACUUACCUAAAUUCGGUUAUUUUGAACCUUGUGACAAUUGAGGAUUUUAUGUUUUUUAUUUUGCGCGACUAAUUUUGUUGAUAUUUCAGAUUCUUGUGUAUU